GUUAAUUUCAAACCAUCCUGCAGUAAAUAACGAUUUUUCUUCGUUUCAAAAUGAAAAAAUCGUCAAAUUUUUUAAUUUUUCUAUUGCUUUGUAUGCACGUUAACGAAGGUCGUGCAACAGUUUGGAUGAUAAAGGCUAUCCCAUCGAAUGUUCGUUGUUCGGUUUCGUCAUUUUUACAGCGUAAUUUCAAUGUGCAAAGUCGUUUUGGUGUAAAUUGUCCGCCCGAAAAUUCGACUUCAACGGCCGCCCAGAACGCAUCGUUGAUUCCGAUUUUGAUAACAAAUGGCACGGCUAAUAGCACUGAACUUGAUGCAAACGGUAUUGAUUUACCAAACGGAAUAUACGCACAAAUUCAUAUCGUUGAGAAUGGUGCCGGAAAUAAGAGCCGAAUAAAUGCAAAUCUUUCAACAGUUGAAAUGCAUUCGAUUAAUCCGAAUAACGAGGAAAGUGAAACGGUUAAAAGCAUGUCGCUUUCAAAAUUGGCCAAUGACAAGAAUACACAAUCAUUCUUUUCAAUGCAACAAUCUUCAUCGAUUGGCAGCUCGUCAAGUUCGUGGAGUUCAUCAUCUGGUUCACAAUCAUCAUAUUCGCAAUCAUCACACAGCAGCUCCAGUAGUUCAAGUAGUUCCAGUUCAUCUCAAAGUUCGAAUAGCAGUGACAAAAAACAAGGAUCAAGUCAAAAUUCGGCAAAUGGACAACAGGAAUCAAACAAUGCUUCGACAGUGAAAGAGGGAAAACACAGUGAAGCGUCAAAUUUAAAAGAAGAAAAUUCUGGAAAAAAUAGCCAAAAUGAAACCAAUUCUGUACAGAGCAAUGUGAAUUCAGAGUCAGACAAAGGAUCAAAGAGUGAAUCACAAGACAGCGGAAAUUCCCAAAAUAAUGGACAGCAACAAACAUCGUCAUUCGCAAGCACUUCACAACUUAGCUCGGAGACAAACCAUUCGAAAGGUAGCGAAACACAAAAAAAUAAAGAAUCUGUUGUAAACCAAGUAAACAGUGAAUUACACGGAGGCAAUCAAGUAUCUUCGUCUUCCGACAAAACCAACAAAAACACUCAAUCGACCCAAAGCAACGCAAAUUCUCAACAAUCGAACGGUUCUACAUCACAAAGUGGUGAAUCGUCAAAUGUCCAAGGAAGUGGAACUCAGACAAAUGUCCAACAAACCGUAUCAUCUUCAGACAAUUCCGGAUUGAGCUCGGAAUUAAACAAAUCGGAAGAGCGUGAAUCACAAAGCGGUACAAAGGAUAAAAAUUCAACCGAUAGUGUUUUGACUCAAGGUUCAUCUACUUUAAAUAAUUCCGAAUCAAGUAAAAAAACUGAAAAUUUACAAAAAAAUGAAAAUGAUCAAAAAGAGUCUUCAACUCAAUCACAGGAGAAUAAUAAUUCAACAACGAACUCACAAUCAAAAAGGAAUCAAACAGAAAACGUUACGUCACAGAAAAAGACUGAAUCAAGUACCAACAAUCAUCCGCAUACAUCAAGUUCAGAAAAUUCGAAUGGUAAUCAAAAUGGGCAAUCUUCUUCUUCAGCAAACGGUUCGCAAAGUACAUCAGAGAAUGUUAAUUCAAAUCACGGUUCAUCGAACACAAAUGUUGAAACAAAAGUCACAGGUCAACAAAACCCAAUUCGUAAAAUUUGCCAAUUGCUUCAACAGAAUGGUCUAAAUUCAUUGAAUACCGGCUUUUCUAGUCAGACUUCAAAUUCCAACAAUCCAAUCGGUUCAAAUGGUGCUACUGAUAGUCAAUCACAGAUAAAUAAUAUUUUAUGGAAUUUCGAGUGUAAGUAUCGCGGCCAAACAUUCGGCGAUCCGUCCAAUUGCGCUAUUUUUUACUAUUGCGGUAAAAACGGUGUUAAUCAGUUAACGUGCCCAUAUCCAUCAGUAUAUGAUUCUGCGUUGGGAAAAUGUAGCCUUAAAAAGGAUAUGAAUUGCCGUUCCACAACAUCAUCAAAUUCACAACAGUCAAAUCAAAAUUCGGCCUCACAACAAUCGAAUCAAAAUGCAUGGAGUAAUCAAGGUCACUCAUCAAAUGGACAGUUUUCAAAUUCAGCAUCGCAAUCAAGCGAAUCAAAUGGCGUUGGUAGUUCUGGUACAUUAAAUUUCGGUGUAAAUCCAUCGUUAUCGAUCGGUGGAUCAAAUGGAUUGAACAUUGGUUUGGGAUUAAAUGCUGGACAAAAUAAUCAACAAUCAGCAAACGGCAAUAGCCAAUAUGCUUCAUCAUCAUCAUCAUCUGCUCAAAAUAAUGGUGCAUCAAGUGGAGGUUUAAAUGGCAUAAGAUUGAGCUGUCGUUGGGGUGACAUGUAUCGUGAUUUACAAGACUGUGCUGUAUUUUAUCAUUGCGCUCCAACCGGUGUUCAUAAAUUGAAAUGCCCGACUCCGCUUCAUUUCGAUACAAAAUUAAAAGUAUGCAACUGGCCGCAACAAGUAAAAUGUACACCAUUUGAUACAAGUGGUAGUUUACCAUCUUCAAAUCACAAUGCACUUAGUGGUUUGAAUUUGUUAAAUGUUAAUGGAAAUAAUGGAGCCACUCAAAAUAUCCAGAAUAAUCAAAAUGCUGCCUACUUAAACAAUCAAGCAUCUUCGUCGUUUGCAUCGUCAAAUUCCAUCGGUCAUGGGUUGAAUUUGAACGCAGGUAGCAUCAAUGGUGUGCCAACGAUUUGUCGAUGGGGUGAGAUGUAUCGUGAUCCAAAUAAUUGCGCCGUAUUUUAUCACUGUGCUCCAACCGGUGUUCAUAGAUUAACAUGUGCUGCACCACUCCAUUUUGAUACAAAAUUAAAAGUUUGCAACUGGCCCGAACAGGUAAAAUGUACACCAUCCACGGCAAGCAAUCAAUUGUACAAUGUGUUGUUUGGCACUGUAAAUCAAAACAAUCAGAAUACAGCAAGCAGCAGUUCGUCUUCAUCACAAAUGAGUAGUUCCAUUUUAAAUGGAUCGAUGAAUAUGUUAACCAAACCAAAUCUGUCUGUUGGACAGAAUGGUUUGAAUGUUGAUAUCAAUGCUGGAAGUCAGAACAAUAAUGCUGGAAACAGUGAAACAUCUCAAUUUGGUAGCUCCUCUUUGACUGAAGAUGCUUCAUCUCAAAAUAAUGGUGCUUCAUCGUUGAGUAGUUCAAACAGUAUUGGGAAUGGCGCUGAACUUAGCGCUCAAAAUAGCCAAAACACUCAAAAUGCUGCAAAUUCAAACAAUCAAGCAUCUUCAUCGUUUGCAUCGUCAAAUUCAAACGGCCAUGGAAUGAAUUUGAACACAGGAGGCAGCAAUGGUGUUCCGGUUAAAUGUCGAUGGGGUGAUAUGUAUCGUGAUCCAAAUAAUUGCGCCGUAUUUUAUCAUUGUGCUCCAACUGGUGUUCAUAGAUUUACAUGUCCUGCUUCACUUCAUUUCGAUACAAAAUUAAAGGUUUGCAAUUGGCCCGAACAGGUAAAAUGUACACCAUCAGGUGAUAAUACCAUAUCGAGUAAUUACAAUAUAGUUAGCAGUUCAACAAAUGGUCAGAAUUCACAAAAUUCGGAGCUUGGCUCAUUGACUCAAUCGAAAAAUCCAAAUUCAAAUCAAUUUGCAUCAUCACAACAGAAUACCCAUGGAACAGGUGAAGUUGGACAAAUGUCUUCCCAUUCGAAUACCAACCAUGGUAAUGUAGCAUCAAACCAAAAUAAUGUCGGAUUGUCAUCAAAUGGCAACGGAGUAAACACGCAUGGAUCAACUACAAAUGGUCAAAGUUCAACUUCAAGCUUGAGCACAACAAAUGGACAAAAUACUGCAUCGCAAAGUGGUUCAAACAGUCCAUGUGCAUAUGUAUUGGACAUUUUACGAAGAAAUUUCCCGCAAUUACUUCCGCCAACAGCUAACUAACCAUUUUUACUUGUUAAUUGAUUAAACGAUUUUAAAUGCUUUUAUUUAUACUUCACGAAAACAAAACUAAUUUACUUAUUUAUUUAUAAUUGAAUUAAAAGAAGUUUUAUUAAAUAUGCAAAA